AAAAAAUCAUACAUAAUAUGUCUACCAUUUUCCAUUCCGAUAAUUUUAACGAACCUUCCAAAUUACUCAAAUUAUCUAAAUGUUCCGAUGUUUCGGAAUCACGUGAUUCUACUAAAAUUAUAAAAAUUCAAAUGGACAAGAAAAAUUUCUUAAAGGCUUGCAUCAAAUUAACGAUUUUUCAUAAUAUGUCAUUUCAAUUGAUGGAUUGCGAAGCGUUUAAAAUCCUAUCCGAUCCCAUAUGCAACGCUUUAGACAUAUCCGUCGACAGUAAAAAUAUUACGGCGACAUUCGAAAACGCUGCACAACAAACGCGCCAAAUACUAAUCAAAGAAUUUAAAAAUAAGCUUCUCAGCCUGAGGAUAGAUUUCGCGGCGCUUUGCGAACGAAGCGUGAUGGAACACCUCAUAAAGACCUGGCUUACGUUGCCAAACCUAUCUGAGCCUACUGUCAAAGUUGAAUUUAUUCCAGAAGAAUGUUCAGCAAAAUCCAAGGUUACAUCUGCGUCUAUCGAUAUCAUCCAGAAAUUAAAUAUUCUCAUCAAUAAUUUAAGAUUACCUUGCAAUUUUAGCGUUUUGGAUUAUUGGUAUUCGAAACAAUAUGAAGAACCGGAAUUAUUCAAAUUAGCCAAGGUAGUAUUAGCAACCCCGGCAGCCCAUGUUUCUAUUGAAAGAACAUUGAGUGCUAUAGAUGUAGUUCUUAAACCACAAUCAACAAGGAUUAGCCAGGAAUUAUUGGAUAAUAUUCUCCUUCUGAAACUUAAUAUAGAUGUGAUAGAUAAAAUAACGAAUUUUGAAUAA